AUGCCGCCGUGGGCCGCUGUCCUGGCGCUGUGCCUGGCCGUUCUCACCCUGCUCCUCCUGCUCGGCCCGCGGCUUGGGCGCCCCUGGAGGCGCGCCGUCGGAGCCAGGACCCGGCCGCGGGCUCCGGGCCAAGACGGCGAGGAGGAGGCAGCCGGCGGAGGCCCCUCGGAUCAGUUCGGCGACGGGCGCGAGCCGCUGCCGGGGGGCUGCAGCCUGCUUUGUAAGCCGUCGGCGCUGGCCCAAUGCCUGCUGCGCGUGCUGCGGCGCUCGGCUGCGUUGGGGCCGGCUCCGCGCUCCUGGCUCUCCGGGCCCCACCUGCAGACCCUCGUCCACUUCGUCCUGCCGGCCGGGCCCGGGCCUGAGCUGGCCCGGGAGUACCUGCAGUUGGCAGACGACGGGCUGGUGGCCCUGGACUGGGUCGUAGGACCUUGCGCUCAGGGCCGCCGGGUCACCGGCGCCGGGGGCUUUCGGGCGGUGCUGCUGGUGAUCCCCAAUGCGUGGGGGCGCCUCACCCGCAAUGUGCUGGGCCUCUGCCUGCUGGCCAUGGAACGCGGCUACUACCCGGUCAUCUUCCACCGCCGCGGCCACAACGGCUGCCCGCUGGUCAGCCCCCGGCUGCAGUCCUUCGGGGACCCGUCGGACCUCAAGGAGGCGGUCACUUACAUCCGCUUCCGACACCCUGCGGCCCCGCUGUUCGCGGUGAGCGAGGGCUCGGGCUCGGCGCUGCUGCUGUCCUACCUGGGCGAGUGCGGCUCCUCAAGCUACGUGACCGGCGCCGCCUGCAUCUCGCCGGUGCUGCGCUGCCGCGAGUGGCUCGAAGCCGGCCUUCCGUGGCCCUACGAGCGGGGCUUUCUGCUCCACCAGAAGAUCGCCCUCAGCAGGUACGCCACGGCCCUGCAGGACACGGUGGACACCAGCAGGCUGUUCAGAAGCCGCACCCUGCGGGAGUUCGAGGAGACCCUCUUCUGCCACACCAAGACCUUCCCCAUCAGCUGGGACACCUACUGGGACCGCAACGACCCCCUCCGGGACGUGGACGAGGCGGCCGUGCCCGUGCUGUGCAUCUGCAGUGCCGACGACCCCGUGUGCGGGGCCCCGGACCUCACCCUGCCCGCCGAACUCUUCCACAGCAACCCCUACUUCUUCCUGCUGCUCAGUCCUCGCGGAGGCCACUGCGGCUUCCUGCGCCGGGAGCCCCUGCCGGCCUGGAGCCACGAGGUCAUCCUGGACUCCUUCAGGGCCUUGACUGAGUUCUUCCGGAUGGAAGAGAGGCUGAAAGGGCUGAGCAGGCGCCGAGCGUCAGUCUUAGGGGGCCGGCGUCGCUGGGGAAGCCUGCAGAAGCGGGAGGUCUCUCCCUCUUCCAGUCUGGAGGAGGGCUUUAGCUGGAAGCGAUCAUACACGAGGUGAGACCUGGCCUGAGCCCCUCCCCCCGCCCCGUCCUUCGUGGAAGAGCAGAGCUGGGCAUGGGGGUGUCCCACAAAGCUGCUGAGGGCUGCUUCGGGGAGCUCCCGCUCAGUGCCCCUGAUUCAGGCCCCUCUCUCUUAAGCUGCUCUGUGGAAAGAGAUGGAACUUCCAGCAAGCUUGCACUCACCAUGCCCUGCACAAAACUGCCCAGGCUCUCGCUGGUCCAGCACCCGGGGCACUCCCGGCACUGUCACCAAUCACUGGCUUCAUAAGCCAAAGAACAGCACCUUUUAAGUCUGCGGGCCCAGGAGAAAAAUGCUCUUAGUAGCAGUGGCUCCAGGGAAGCUGGGUUCAUGCGUGCCGGUGCACCGCUCUGUCCCACACAGACAGCUCAGCGACCCUGGCUCUGAGCAGGAGCCACUUGAUGGAGAAAGGACAGGAUGUUUGUGUCUCGGCCCCACUUCCCUCAUCUGCUCUGUGGUUGGGGCGCUCCGCUGUGACUGCGUCGGCAGCUGUGGCAGCAGCCCCCGGGUUGCGUGACUGUUGCAGGCUUGGCCGGGCAUGAGGAGGGCGGCAGAGGCGGGCAGUGCAGUGUGAGGUUCACUCGGGGAGAAUGUGAGCGCCCAUCUGGGCUGCUGAGGUGCAUCUCAAAGAGGAGCUCUGCAAGUCUCCGCUGGAAGGGGGCUUUGGCCUGGGCCCCCGGGCCCCCGGGAGAGAUGCCAAGGGCGCUGCAGGAACAAGCGCACCUCACACGUGGCCUCAGGACUCUGCCAGGCACGACUGCUGCAGGCAGGCUCCCUGGGAUGCUGGCUCCAGCACAUUCAGGGAUUCCUCCGAAACCGCCCACCAGAAUAGUUCUCCUGAGAUGAGGGCUUUAUUUAAUCAGUGAAAGGUACAGUCCUCAUAACCGAGGCUUUCUGGAGAGUUGUUCCCUCCCUGACACGACCACUAGCCUCUCCCUUUCAGAGUUAAGGGGACCAGAGAAGACAAAAGCACAGAUCAGCGCUGACUGCCUGAGCAUGUUUGUCUGCUCAGUUGUACAGAAGGCACAAAAGCUGUUGUCGGGAUCUGGCUACUCAGUGACUAAGCGGGUGUUUGGUUUCAUGAGGAACAAACACUGCAGACUGGAGUCAGAUGCAGUGUACAGACUGAUCCACAGAUCCUGCUUUGGAUCGGGCCAUGGUGACGAUGAUUUUGGCAAUAGGAGCUCUGGUUCCAUGUGUUACUAAAAUUCCAAAGCUUUGCCCAAAGUUUUAAAUUUGUCAUUGAGAAAGAGGGCACCUGUGUUGACCUCAAAACAGCACAGUGCUAUUGAAGAGAAGUCUGUGUCAAAAGCCACCUCCAAGGCUUGGUUUGGCCAUGAUUUCAUGUUUGCACAACCUGCCCCUGUCUUACUCAUUUGUAUUAAAUAAGAAUCUCUCAACUAACUCCAGGAAUUUAAACUGAAAAGCAUUGAGUGUCUGAUGUACAUUAUACUCUUGUGAAAAAAUUCUUCCACCUCCCUACUUCCUGCUCCUCCUCCUCCUCCUGACACACUUCACCAUUUCUGAACAGGAGAAACAAAAAGGAACUGAAAUCUGAAGAAGUUGCUCUAGCUGGUGAACCACCUUGGUUUAAGGCUUGGUGAGGGAGAAUGGCUGACAUGGGUCUCCCAGGCCAACAUCCUGUACAGUGGGGAUUUCAACUAGUUGGGGGCCUGCAGUCCCGCGUGCCCUAGGAUCACUGAGCAUCGACUGCAAAGUGGGAAGCAGCCACGUGGUCCUUCAUGCUAAGACCUAAGGAUCCCUGAGGGUAAAAACCUGGAUAGUUUCUCUGGGCCAGAGACCCCAGGACUCGGGGUCGAGAUUAGCUGGUGGAGAAAUGGUGGCUCCCUUCUUAAAGGAGAGAGCUUGCCAGGGAGAAUACUUCACAGCUGCGGUCUUCCGGCUCUCAGAAGGGUGGCAGAACAGCCCGAGUGCAGCUUCCCUGGGCCCGUUACCUAAACCCUGCAUCGUCCUCCUCUGUGGCCCUCCUCCUGCCAGGUGUGGCGCAUUGCACGUCCCCUUAUCUUCCCAUCACCGCUUGAAGACCAGGGCUGAAGAGCCCCUUUUUGCCAAGAAAGCGUGAUUCCUGUUCACGCAGGAAAAGGUCUGGGUAACCCUGUCCGUUAGCCCAGAUUGGCGCUGCUUUGCUGAACAGCUCAUCAUGGAAACCACGGAGCAGCCCCAGGCACGCAGUCUGGAGGGGGUGCAGCUGCUGGAACAGAAUGGCAAGUGUGAGUUUGAGGAACCAAGAACCAGCAGCACACACCCCAAAGCAGUGCCACUGCGUGUCUGCAGGUGGAGGCCCCUGUGCUUGUUUGCCCUUCUUUCGGUCUCUUCGUUAUUUGAUAAACACCUGCAAGUGGUAGGGGAAGAAAACACAAUCCAAAGCCUGGUGACGAGUUUCAGCAGUGGAGACCCAGUCCUCCUGGGUCAGAAUGCAGGAAGCAGGCAGCUGUCAAGCUCUGGGCUCUGACAUCAAGACCGGGCUAAACUCAACUCAAUUCCCAUGAAGACUUAGUAUUUCCUGUACUCACACAAAGGCUUCCAGGGUGGCUUGGCUGGAGAUGGCAGUGUGAAAAACAAGUCACCCAAUUCUCUUUUAGAGAAGACAUCACCUCAGUUUUGAGUGAAGAUGUUCUAAGACUUGAUUACCAUCAGAAAAGAGGUCUCAAGGCAGGAAGUGUCAUCUUGGCCUUGCACAUAACCUCAAAAGAGCCCAGUCAGAAACUCCUCUGAACUCAUCUUCCACCAAAACCGCAAGAUUCUUUGUCAGACAAGUUCCCUUCCUUUAGAAAUGAACUUUAGCCUGAGUUCCUCUCCCUGCUGAAACCAACAGAUGUAGCUGGCUGGUUUGGGAGAACUUGAUGACAAUGCCAGUAGAGAGUACUGGCAAGCUGCAAAGGAUGACAUCAGAAAUUGAUCUCACCAGUUGUCUCAGUUUGCAGAGAUUAACUUAGGAAAGCUUGCGAAGUUCUGCACGGGGAAUGAGUGCCUCAGAAAGGCCUAAGUCCCAUGCUAUCGGUGGGACAGUUAAGCUCGACUCCCCUUGGCACAUACCAGAGAGAUGUGUCAAGAAGGGAAGGUGGCCCUGUCAUCCGAGAAUCUGUGAACUGAAGCGAUGCGAAUGAGCUCAGAGAGCUGUAAAGACUUCUGGCUAGGUUUUGGGUUUCGCUUCUCGGCCUUUCGGCCAAGAUCAAGUGUAGGAUUGGGGUUUGAGGAUCAGUAGACCACAGUCCGGAUACCAGUGGGAGUUGGGAGAUGACAGAUUUUUAUGGAAAUAAACCUGCCACAAUGAUCAAACCAACAGCAAAUAGGGGCCGGCACUGUGGCGUAGCAGGUAAAGCCGGCACCUGCAAUGCUAGUAUCCCAUAUAGGCACUGCUUUGAGUCCCAGCUGUUCCACUUCCGAUCCAGCUCUCUGCUAUGGCCUGAAAAAGCAGUAGAAGAUGGCCCAAGUGCCUGGGCCCCUGCAUCCAUGUGGGAGACCUGUUAGAGGCUCCUGGCUCCUGGCUUCAGAUCGGCCCAGCACAGGCCCUGUGACCAUUUGAUGGAAGACCUCUCUACCUCUGCCUCUCAAAUAAAUGAAAUUUCAAGAAAAAGAAGAAA